CCAAUGAUCCAUUAAGAGCAUCUGAGUUCCUUCCAAGUCUGACUUCUCCCUCACUUACCUCCCAUGAUCUCCCUUGCACACUAGUGAUACACUCUUAUGGAGCACAUCCCUUAAUGAGUUGCCCUUAUGGAUAUUUUUAGAAGAUAUUUGGUUAAUAUACUUUUUAACUGAUGGCUUUUCAGAGGAAAAACUCAAGCAAAUGAUCUAAAGGGAAUUCUUGCUUUUCUCUAGUUAAAUAACCUGGGCCCACCAUGCAAAUAGUUGAAUAACUUUGUUCCUAGUUACUUGCUUACUUGGUUACUUAAAGGACCAUUUAAUAUUCUGGCCAGCCAUGAGUAAUUAGAAUUAUUCUUUUUUUUGUUGUUGCACAGAGUAAUUUAGAGUUUUGUAACAGCCAGAGUUGGUGUUAGAACCAUGGGGAGAUCUGUCCCAAUAUGCACUAUUUCUUUGAGGAAGAGAGAAGUAAGUGUCUGGUUGGAGGGGUGAGGGGUUCAGGCUUUUUUGUUUCAGUAUAUAGGACAAAGAGAACCACAAGGAAAGACAAUUAUGACUUUGAGCUCAACCAAUUGAACUGCCUUCCUUGGGGAUGCACCUGGACCAAGUUUAUUUUUUAAUAAUUAUAAUGAUGAUUUUAAAAAAGAAACCUCCCAAAGCCUAUAAACUGAAACAGAAGAGUUUGUUUCCCACUUUAGAGCUGAUGGUGACAUCAGCGUUGGUUUUGCCUAAGGUAUUUAGAGAGAGACUUUUCAGUGAUAUUAAUAACCACUCAACUCUGGGUUCUGUGCAUGCCCAGAUUAAGCCCCAUCGCCUUAUUUCUGGGGUACAUCAAGACCUGGCAGGGAUUCUGCCACACUGUGCAGCAAACCAGCAUGUAGGCUGGGGUGGGAGAGCAAAAGAUAGAGUCAUCAGAGUGAUGGGGCUUCUUCACAGUAAGAACACUGGAGCUCAAAAAUGAGAGUCUCUUUCCAAAAACAAGGGUUGUUCAUCUUACACUAAAUGCCAUUGUCUGCCAGGCUGCAGUCACCAAAACAAACACAAAAAUGCAAAAUUAUGCAUCUACCUAUAGAGGCUGCCUUUGCCAAUGGAAGGGCUAGCAAUGCAUUUUCCCUCUGUUGAAAGUUAAAUUUCCAGAGACAUCCUUAGAGUGCUCAAAAUGUUAAAGAUGUGUUCAUAUCUGCAACUCUCCAGUUUCAGGUCAAGGCCAACUUUCAUCAUUAUUGCUCCCAAAAGUUUUCUGCCACCAGAAUGCCAUUCCUGAUCCCAGCUCUAUUUUUAGGCCACCAUGAUAACUUCUUUGGUUUCUCAACUGAGCAUGCAACCAUUUAUUUAGAGGACUGUCAUUAAUGAGUAGAUGUUUUCUUGGGUCGUGUGAUGUGCUUUCCAUUUAAUAGUAUUGCUGUGGCUGAGUACAAUCAAAUUGAACCACCAACCCUUGGUUUUGUAGUAAUAUAUUUAUUUUCCUAGUGUAGAUGCUUCCAGAUUAGAAUUGGCAUUUGCACUGAUUUUUUAUGUAGAUUUAUAUAAAUAUAGAUAUACAUAUAUAUUUGCUUGAAAAAUCACCAAGCGAAUUGGUGAGAGGGUCUUUUCCUAUAGAAUUUACACCUCCAUUUGUUGUGUUGUCUUGCGCUUCCCAAUGUUGAGGUCUCUAUGGCUCCAAUGAACUGGUGUAUUUUGCAGCAAAUCUAAUGACUUGAAUGGAAAUGAAAUGAAAGGUACCCAGAUUACAUCUGGUGCAAAUGCACUUGGAGCCUGGGGCCAGACUGGUGCUAACAUUGCAAACUUUGUCCGGAGCUCUCUCCAAUCUGAAGGCUUGCUGGGGGCGCAAUGUCACCUUCAUAUGCUGGGCCCUUUCAGAAAAGUGCCAGAUCGUGUCACUGGUGCUAUUUUUCAUGCUCUGGUACAAUGUGUAGCACCACGGGGGUCUCAGCUCUACCAAAAUCAAAAUCCCAUUUGUCAGCCAAUUGCUGGGGCAUUUGGUUUUUUUGCUUUCCUCCUGCAGGAUUUCUUGGCCAUUUAUUUUCAGGCCUUUCUCCCAGCCCCAAAUUCUUGGAUUGGCUCUAUCUGCUUAGCAAGCCCAUCUUUACAAAGCUGCACUCGGGUGCCUCUGUGAGCUGUCUUAGAUCCUACUGCCAGCCCUUCUGGACGCUGAGCCAAGGGAAAGCUUUCUGCAUCUCUGGUUCUUGCUUUUUAUUUUCCCUUUCCUCAUUCUUUCCCAGUGCUCACCUCUUCCUAUCUCAUCCCAUCCCUCUUUGUUUUUUCCUGGCUUCUUGAAGCCACUGAUCUUGUCCUAUAACCCUCCUUCACUCCCUCCCUGUUCUUUGUCCACCUCUCCUUUAGUCUCUCUCUCAAUGCCCUUUUUAUACCUUUCCUGUCCUCUCCUCUCAUCACAUCUCUGAUCAACUCUUCUCCUACACCCUCUUCCUUAAUUUUUCUGUCCUAUAAAGGGCUUAUGGCUGCUUCAGAUAGCAAGUCCAUACACUGGACUAAUGACACAUAUACUUGGGGUCACCAUUUUUCCUACUCAGCCCAGAAAGCAAAGCUGAGUGUGAGGCCCUGACCUGGAGCCAACUCCAGCGUGCCUCCCAGAGCCAGCCUGCACCGCUGCCCUGGCAGCGAUGAUGCAUGUGCUGUGGGCCCUGCCAGCGCCUGGGUACCUCUGCCUGAACCCUAGUCCUACACGAGCUCACUCCCAAGACCACCCCGAGUCUCUGAGGACACUUCCUUUCAGUAAAGGCAGACUCUGGCCCCAACAAUUAUUCUGACAGCAAACCUCUUCCUUCUCAUUGAAGCCAUGUCAUCGCCUUGGUUUGGAGAGAGAUGAUUUUUUCCUCCUACUUUCUUUUUCCCAUUUUCAUGUGAAGCCCCCUCUGCUUUUCAGCUGGUGAUUGCUCCGGUGAGAUUGAAUGGACUUGCUGGUAAAAUGACAACUUUUUCUUUCCUGUCUUGGUCCUGCCUAAAAUUCCUACCAAAAAAAAAAAAAAAAUUAAGCCAAGGACUCAGGCUAGUUCUUAAAUUUAUCAUACGAAUUUGUCACUUCUAGGGAAAAAAAAAAAAAGGAUCAACUCCCUUAAAGCAUGUGGAGUAGCUCCUGUGACAACCAAUUUUCCAGGAGACUCCCUACAGAACUCUGUGGAUAUACCUUUUACUUAUGUGUAUGUAUGGUCUAUGUGAUAUGCAUAUCAUGUAUACACAUAUUACAUUAGGUAUGAAUGAAUGUGGUUGGAAACUCACGGUUUUGACAAAGCACAAGCAGAAACAAUUGUAUCAGCAUUAACUACUUUAUCAAAUGUCAGCCUGGAUACUAUCUAUAAAGAGAUGGUCACUCAAGCUCAACAGGAAAUAACAGUACAACAGCUAAUGGCUCAUUUGGAUUCCAUCAGGAAAGAUAUGGUCAUCCUAGAGAAAAGUGAAUUUGCAAAUCUGAGAGCUGAGAAUGAGAAAAUGAAAAUUGAAUUAGACCAAGUUAAACAACAACUAAUGAAUGAAACCAGUAGAAUCAGAGCAGAUAAUAAAUUGGACAUCAACCUGGAAAGGAGCAGGGUAACAGAUAUGUUUACAGAUCAAGAAAAGCAACUUAUGGAAACAACCACAGAAUUUACCAGAAAGGAUACUCAAACCAAAAGUGUUAUUUCAGAAACCAGUAAUAAAAUUGACACUGAAAUUGCUUCCUUAAAAACACUGAUGGAGUCUAAUAAACUUGAGACAAUUCGUUAUCUUGCAGCCUCAGUGUUCACUUGUCUUGCAAUAGCAUUGGGAUUUUAUAGAUUCUGGAAGUAUUACUAACUAUCCUACUGUUGGCUGCUAUUGACUUCGUAGAAUACUACACCAGGAGUUUCUUUGAACAUUUUCAGUUGCUGCAGAAAAUUUACAACAACAUUAUUCAAAGUAUGCGUGGACUAAAGAGAAGUAUUUUUAAGUAUUUUAUCUUUAUUUUAUGUGUCUGUAUUUUAUUUGUUUGAAAAGCUGUCAUCCAAACCCUGAUUUAUUUGAGAUAGAAGGGCAUUUUGUCCUCAUCCUUUUGAUAGUUCAUAGAAACUGAACUAAAAUUUUCUUGUAUUUGCUUCAAGAAUUUUGUAAAUCAAAUAGAAUUUUGUUGGUAUGUGCUGCAAAUUUGAAAACUAUGCCUUAGCCUACAUGCUUACUGGACCUAACUCUCCUGAUUUUAAGUACUGUAGUUAAAUUUUUGUAUCAAAUAAAAGAUUAUUAUAAGAAAAUAUGAUUCAAAUGUAUGAUAUGUCAAGGUCAUCGUACUGUCAUGUGUAACUAAUUAAAACAAAUAAAAAAAAGAAAGUA